GCAGAGGCGUCUGUGGGUAAAUCAGUACCAGCAGGAUUCUAAGUAAAUACCCAAUAAAUAGUUCGAAGUCGCAACAAACACUCUUUUACAUGCUAUUGGACUUAAUUCGACCACUGUGAUAAAUCGCGCUUGCUCAAAUCGUCCAUCGUUACAAUUUGAUUCAAGCCCACAAGUAUUUGGUACUACCAUGAUAAAGGCAAGAAACAUAAGCAUGACAAAAUCUUUUUGGAAGGAAGCUUUAUUUAAAGUAGAAAUGUAAGUUCAUUUAUGCGAUUAAAGCUUUUGUUUUGUUAUGCUAGUAAUGCACCAUGUCUAUGAAAGUGAAUAAAAGUGUGGUAAAUAACGGAUGCGAUAAAAUGGAGGAUGUUGUUAAGACGCCAAGGUAAUCAUCGAAUGCCUGGAACACAGAAGAGAAGGUGAUCAAAACCGCACAUGAAAACAAUGGAAAACACAAAUACUAAUUUCCAGAAGGACAGCGGUGUUUCGCGAAAAUAAAGGCCUGAUAUCGACUAAAACUCUUCCCAAGAUUUUACAAGAAUUGUACAAAGAGAGGCCUCUUAACAAUUGCAGGAUGUUGACUACGUUAGUAGCAGUUACAGCCCUUUCAAUCUGCGCCGCGCAGACCAGCACUAUAAGUACGAGCCCUGCUUCAAGUAUGCAGAUCACCUCGAUAAAUGUAUGGACCUCGAACACAAGUGCAUACAAUGCAAGUACCGAACAUUCGGCCAGUGGGAUACGGAGCUCACCUUCAAGUACGAAGGGUACUGAAGAGAAUGCUACAAUGAUAGCAAAUACAACACGAAAUUCGAUAGACGUGAAGCUAUCUUCAAGUUCGUACAACGCAGUUGGGGACGCAAAAGUGCUGUCGACUUUGAUCAGUAUUGUAACACUCGCUACGCCGAGUAUGAUUACGACAGCAAGCACGAGUAAUGCUUCCAGUGGAGAAUUCACGACAGCUCAAUCUGCGCAAAGUUUUGGGUUAAAUUCAACUACAAUGCAUAGGGCAAGCAACGCAAGCUCAACGAUAGUUAGUGAAACCUCUACAACAACUCUUUCUCCUUCUGGGAUCACCUCGGCCGCAAUUAACCGCACUGAUGUCAUGUCAGCGACAACCUCUACCGAGUCAACGACUUCAACACAUCAUACUACUACUAUCACAGGGAUGCCAACAUCGACCUUGGUAAGAACUGGAACGACUUCAGAAGCGAGCUCUAGUAGUAUUUUAAUGAGUUCAAAUAAUUCAGAGACCUCAGUGCUAACAACUAGCAGAAACCAAGAAAAGGACACGUCACACAUAACGGCCGUUUGGGGCAGCGUUCUUUAUUCAUUAACCACAGCAACGUCACCACAAUAUGAAUCAAGCACAAGUGGUUACUCAAGUAUUAGUAUCAUACAUCCCACAUGGAACACGACGGUCCUAUCGGGUACAAGUACUACUGACAACAGCAGAUUCAACCAACUCACAUCACCACUAGAACCUUUGAUUACAUUUCGGACCCAUGCGAAAACAAAACCAUCUAACACGACACUGGUAUCAGUGAUAACGUAUAAACUAAUAGCAUCACAACCACCUUUAUCAUCAUCAUCACCUCUACCAUCAGUGCCGUCGUCAUCUUCAUCAUCUGCCUCAGAACCAUCACCACCGACAGUAGCAGCAUCACCAUCGUCAGUAGCAACUUCACCAUCGUCAGUAGCAACAUCGUCACCGUCAGUAGCAACAUCACCACCGUCAGUAGCAACAUCACCACCUAGCAACAUCAUCACCACCGUCAGUAGCAACAUCAUCACCGUCAGUAGCAACAUCACCACCGUCAGUAGCAACAUCACCACCGUCAGUAGCAACAUCACCACCGUCAGUAGCAACAUCACCACCGUCAGUAGCAGUAUCGCCACCGUCAGUAGAAACAUCACCACCGUUAGUAGCAGUAUCGCCACCGUCAGUAGAAACAUCACCACCGUCAGUAGCAACAUCAUCACCGUCAGUAGCAACAUCAAUACCGUCAGUAGCAACAUCAUCACUGUCAGUAGUAACAUCACCACCAGUAGCAACAUCACCACCGUCAGAAGCAACAUCACCUUCAGUAGCAACAUCAUCAUCGUCAGAAGCAAUAUCACCGUCAGUAGCAACAUCACCACCGUCAGUAGCAGUAUCGUCACCGUCAGUAGAAACAUCAUCACCGUCAGUAGCAACAUCACAAUCGUCAUUACCAACUUCACCAUCGUCAGUAGAAACAUCACAACCGUCAGUAGCAACAUCAAUACCGUCAGUAGCAACAUCACCUUCAGUAGCAACAUCACCACCGUCAGUAGCAACAUCUUCACCGUCAAUAGAACAAUCAUCACCGUCAGUAGCAGCAUCACCAUCGUCAUUACCAACUUCACCAUCGUCAGUAGAAACAUCACAACCGUCAGUAGCAACAUCAAUACCGUCAGUAGCAACAUCAUCACAGUCAGUAGCAACAUUAUCACCGUCAGUAUCAACAUCACCACCGUCAGUAGAAGUAUUGUCACCGUCAGUAUCAACAUCACCAUCGUCAUUACCGACAUCACCGUCAGUAGCAACAUCACCACCGUCAGUAGCAACGUCACCACCGUCAGUAGCAACAUCACCACCGUCAUUACCAAGAUCACCACCGUCAGUAGCAGUAUCGUCACCGUCAGUAGCAACAUCACCUUCAGUACCAACAUCACCACCGUCAGUAGCAACAUCGCCACCGUCGGUAGAAACAUCAUCACCGUCAGUAGCAGUAUCGUCACCUCAGUAGCAACAUCACCACCGUCAGUAGCAACAUCACCACCGUCAGUAGCAACAUCAUCGACGUCAGUAGCAACAUCAUCACCGUCAGUGGCAGCACUAACACCGUCAGUAGCAACAUUAACACCGUCGCCAUUAUCAUCCCAAGCAUUGUCAUACCCACCACAAACCUCACAAUCGCCAUCCUCUUCAUCAUUUUCAGCAGUCUCAAUAAACACCAUAACAAUGACGGAAAUAGCAUUUUCACAAACGCUUUCUCCAUUAACUUUUCCAUCGUUAAUACCAUUGUCAUCAACAUCGCCAUCUUUAUUGUUUACAUUACCAACAGUACAAUUACCAUCAUUUGUCACAUUUUUAACAUUAUUAACAGUACAAAAAGAAUUACCAACACCAACAAUGUCUUUAUCACUCUCACUAUCAUCAUUUUCAUUAUCAUUAACAUCAUCAUCAUCAACACUAUUGUCAUCAUCAUCAUCAUCAUCGAUAGCAGUUUCAUUAUCAUCAUUAUUGCGAACAACACCAAAAGCAACCGAUUUAUCGACAAGAACUAUUUUAAAGCCUUCUAAAUUGUUAUCAACUUCACAAUUGAAAUCAGUUCAAAUAUUCUUGACUGCAACGGUUUUCCCUUCCAACAUGCUAAAAUACAACCAAACCCUGCUAGACUUAACAGCUCUGUCUAACCUAACACUAACUAAAUACCUUGUUAUAGAGAUAAUGACGUCUCAAACGGCGACGGUGCAUGCUACUGCAAGCACAGAUUCAUUACACGGUGUGAACAGCUCAGUGUUAAGCAAUACGACCCAACACAGUCUAAUCCGUUCCAGAGAGAACGAGGCCUCGUUUACCAACAAUGACACUACAGUGAUGGUGACGGCAAGGGCUACAAUGCUUGUGAAUGAGUCAGGCGGAAGUACAUCGAUCGCUAAACCUUCAGUGCCGCUAUCGACUGAUAUUUUAUCAUACAAACCGAUAAUGACAAGCUCUUCUAAUCAUUUCUCGUCUAUUUAUCGGAAUGAAACCACAAAUUAUAAUUCAUCUGAAAACCAAACGAAAAUGGCAAGCUCGGUGAUAAACAUUUUGCUAUCUGCUACCUUAACCACGGUGACCGCAGCGACAAUUACGUCGACCAAGACAACAGUUGCAAGCGCCUCAGGAUUGUUUGAAGUGGCAUCGAAUGUAACUUCCCAAACUGUAUUUCCCACGUCUAGUCCGACGAAACAGCUAGAUCCUUCAUUUAGCGGCAUUACUGGGAACAACACAUCUGAUCUGCAAACGUCCAAUAUAAUGUCUGCUCUGCUCUCUUCUGACUCAAGCAUGAAUCUUAUCAAAGCUAAUCCAAGCCUUGGAUCAUCUGCCUCAAUGACAGACAUAUCAGCUAAUAAACGCUCUUCGAUGCCAACUGGGAGCCCGAUUGUUUAUUCAUCGAUCCUUUAUUCAACACUCACAACUGAUGUUGUUUUCUCGACGACAGGUGCAUCUUCCGCGUUUAAGGUUUCAAACACGCCGGCUAUCGAACAACGGAAUUACACACAGUUGCUGGAGUCAGAUAGUUUGUUAAUGUCUUCUGAGCACGUACAAGUAAAUAGUAUCGCAAAUGAAACGGCUUCUUCAUUGUUAUCUUCUUCAAGAAAUUCCUUGAAGAUGACAACAACUUCUCCAAAAACCGCUAUUAUAACAAGUUCAGGCCUACUGUUCUCGUCAAUAAACGUGGAAUCAUAUAGUCCUGAACAAACAAGAUUUGCAGGAACAGUCUCUCCGUCAAGUGGUUCGACAAUUAGCAGCGUAUUACCAGAAUCCACACUGAACACACUGCCUUUGUUGCCUUCAUCAAUAACAUCUACUCUCACGCCUUACCAGAAUGUUACUCCAACCAUGUCGAUAGUUGUGAAACCGUCCAUACCCUCACCUGCAUCUGAUGAUAUGGCGUCAUUAGCUCAGUUGACAAGCAGUAUUAUCAACACAACAUUGUUUCCCUCAAGUCGUUGGAAUGUUAACUUAUCUUUAGAAUCUACAGUUUAUUUGAUAACUUUAAGCAAUGUUACUGAGAGCACUUUAUUCCGGGCACCAUCUACAAGCCAUUUGGAUAACGCUACGAUGUCUUGGAACCCAUACACCAUAAACCAGACACUUUCAUUAACAAAGCAAGUGAACAAUGCAACGGAACUCCGGAAACCAAGUACCGUAUACCGGACAUUUACUGCGUCGAGCCAUUUGGACAAUGCAACGGAACUCAUGACUACAAGUACCGUAUAUCGGACAUUUUCUAUGACAAGCCGUUUGGAAAAUGCAACAGAACUCCGGACAGCAAGUACCGUAUACCGGACAUUCUCUACGACAAGCCAUUUGGACAAUGCAACGGAACUCCUGACACCAAGUACCGUAUACCGGACAUUAUCUGCUACGAGCCAUUUGGACAAUGCAACGAAACUCCUGACACCAAGUGCCGUAUACCGGACAUUCUCUGUGAAUAGCCAUUUGGAUAACACAACGGAACUCCUGACUACAAGUACCAUAUAUCGGACAUUCUCUAUGAUGAGCCAUUUGGACAAUUCAACGGAACUCCGGACACCAAGUAUCGUAUACCGGACAUUUACUGCGUCGAGCCAUUUGGACAAUGCAACGGAACUCAUGACUACAAGUACCGUAUAUCGGACAUUUUCUAUGACAAGCCGUUUGGAAAAUGCAACAGAACUCCGGACAGCAAGUACCGUAUACCGGACAUUCUCUACGACAAGCCAUUUGGACAAUGCAACGGAACUCCUGACUACAAGUACCUUAUAUCGGUCAUUCUCUGUUUCAAGCCAUUUGGACAAUGCAAAGGAACUCCUAGAUACAAGUACUGUAUACCUAGCACCAUCCCCAACAAGUCAACUAAACAAUACAACGGUAUUUUUGACCGCAAGUACCUUUAACCCAACACCAUCUCUGACAAGUCAAUUAAACAACGCCAGUAUAUCCCUAGCAGUGUCGAUCGUUGAGCCAUCUUCAGACAAGCAGUCGCAUAUAAAGCCCAGUGUUACAAGGACAGUCUCGCCCUCGUCGUCGGCCAUAGAGCCUGAACCUCUUCGUGCUAUUGACGUAGAGCUGACAAUACUAAACGAGGAGUUCGAUGAGAGUUUACGGAACGAGAGCUCUACAGCGUUCAAGAACAUGUCCCAGAAAGUCAUCGAUGCUGUUGCCUUACCUCUGUCUUCGCUUGGAUACCAGACUAUUCAGAUCAACAGCUUCAGCCCUGGGAGCGUCAUAGUAAACUUCACUUUACUGACAAUAAGUAGCUCUAACGCAACAGUAGCAGAAAUCAAGGAGGCCAUAGAAAACAGUAAUGGGAUCAACUCACAAAGCUUCCAGUACAGCCGUGUGUUGGUAACAGAGAGAUGCACGGCGGGACUUUGCUUUCAUGGUGGUAGCUGCCUUUCAAACAAUACUGGUCCCUUCUGCAAAUGUAGAGCAGGAUUCACGGGAACAAGAUGUGAGACUGUAAAAGUUGAUGGGAACUACAGCGCGUGGUCCGAGUUCAGUCAGUGCAGUAAGUCUUGUGACGGCGGCAUCAAAACGCGCACUCGAACGUGUACCAAUCCCUCGCCCUCCGGAGGUGGCCGUGAGUGUCCUGGGCCGAACACCGAGGAAGUCAACUGCAACGAGGAUGUCACGUGUUCCGAGAUCUGGAUUGCGAUUGGUGUGUCUUGUGCGGUGGUCGUACUACUCGUCAUCAUUAUCUUAAUUCUUAUCUGUCUGCGAAGAAAACAAAAAGAGAGAUCAGCGUACAAGCAAGACUACAAACCGGACAAUACCACAGCUGUACCCAUCGAGCUGAUGGAAUACGCAAACCCGGACUAUCCAGGGCAGGUGGGCUCACCUGGUCACGUGAACCCAGAGUUCAUCACGGAAGACGAGACGGAAGAGGACGACAUCUACAAAGCCCAGCUACUGUUAUUCCUCAAACAGUCGCACCUUAUAAAACCCGGCAUGAAUAUCUCUUACGGAGAUAACAUUUCUGACACUUCAGACUACUCACGCCAGAGCUCGCGACGACACUCCUCGGCCAGCGGUGUAUCCAAUGAGGAUUCCGGACAGGUCGCCGACCAUGUUGAUGAGAUUCCAGAUAAUUAACACGAAGUCAAACCUGGAACGAGUAUCAAAUAUCUAUUUAUUGUAUACUUGUGCAAUAUAAUUGUAACAAAAUCUUAAAAGAGUAAAAAAUAUAAAAGGUUGUUCUCUUUUAAGCAGAAUGUUUGUUAAACAAAAAAAAAAAAUAAUAAUUACAAUUUUAGGUGGUAAAUCAAAAUAGGUGAUGAUAAUAAAAUGAUUGUAAAGAUGUUAGAUCCGAGGGCACAAUCCCCGAAAACUUUAAUGUUUUAGGCACGGGAAUGCCAAAAUGUUGGGUUGUGUUAACCUUCUUCAGCACAAAAUUAGACCGAAAUUAUACCGCUAGAUUUUGUCACUUGUUGGACAAGGAGAAGCUUGAAGGUGAAGCUACAUUUUUAAUACCAAGCGAAAGGUUCUGUCGGAGGAAAUUAUAAAGGCUAAAUUAUAAUUUUGUUAUUCUAAAUGUGCGUUUCUGUUAUUAAAAAUGUAAAGGAAACAAAGAGUUAAAGCAGUCUAGAAUAAGAAGCCAUAAAUUGUCUCUAUAGCAUCCCCUUUUUUGUAUGAGUUUGUAUGCAAAAGAAUUGUUGAGGAAUAUUGAUUUAUGUGAAAGAAAAAUAGAAAUAAAAUGAAAUUGCCGACUG